UCACCCUAUUUGGUUCUCCAUCGCGGGGUUUUAUUCUACAGAAACAAUUAAACGAACACUCUCUUUUCCCAUUCUCCAUGAUUUGUAAGCUCUGAGCUCAGAACUCUCCGACUAAGUGAAAAGAUAAUUGCUGCUAGUAUAAGGAAAGAUGGAAAAUGCAGAGGAUGAAGGCCGUGUUGGAGGUGGACACCAAGAGAAACAUGAAGAUGAGGAAACUGUUGCCCGCCUUGAGGAAUUCAAGAAAUCCAUUGAGGCAAAAAUGAUUCUCCGCAAGAGCAAUUUUAACCCAGAAAGGCCAGACUCAGGAUUCCUCAGGACACUGGAUUCCAGCAUUAAGCGUAACACUGCAGUCAUUAAAAAACUUAAGCAAAUUAAUGAAGAGCUGCGAGAAGGGUUGAUGGAUGAGCUGCGAAGUGUCAACUUAAGUAAAUUUGUCAGUGAAGCAGUGACUGCUAUUUGUGAUGCUAAGCUUCGAACAGUAGACAUUCAAGCUACUGUUCAGAUCUGUUCUUUGCUUCAUCAGCGAUACAAGGACUUUUCACCAAGCCUAGUUCAAGGCCUCAUGAGAGUGUUCUUUCCUGGAAAAUCUGCUGAUGACUUAGAUUCAGACAGGAAUUCAAGGGCCAUGAAGAAGCGUAGCACAUUAAAACUUCUUUUGGAACUUUAUUUUGUUGGAGUUGUAGAUGAUUGUAGCAUCUUUGUAAACAUUAUUAAGGAUCUCACUAGCGCAGAACACUUGAAGGAUCGAGAUGCAACCCAGACAAAUUUGUCCCUCCUUGCAAGUUUUGCUCGACAAGGGAGAUAUCUGCUUGGUCUUCCACUGACUGACCAAGAUAUUCUUGAAGAGUUUUUCAAAGGCCUUAGUGUCACAGCAGAGCUGAAAAAGUUCUUUAGGAAGGCAUUUCAAACAUAUUAUGAUGCAGCUGUUGAACUUCUUCAGUCAGAGCAUGCUUCACUUCGCCAAAUGGAGCAUGAAAAUGCAAAGAUUUUGGCUGCUAAAGGUGAACUGAGUGAGGAAAGUGCCUCUUCAUAUGAAAAGCUGCGGAAAGCUUAUGACCAGCUGUACCGUGGUAUCUCUGCUUUAGCAGAAGCACUUGACAUGCAACCUCCUGUGAUGCCUGAGGAUGGUCACACAACCAGGGUAACAUCAGUGGAAGACAUAUCUUCUGGUGGUGUUAAAGAUUCUUCUGUCUUAGAAGCCCUGUGGGAUGAUGAGGAUACAAGGGCUUUCUAUGAGUGUUUGCCAGAUCUCAGGGCAUUUGUCCCUGCUGUUUUAUUGGGAGAAACAGAACCCAAGUUGAGCGAGCAGGCUCCAAAGGCUCAAGAACAACCCACUGAAUUGGCAUUGGAUUCAGAUCAAGGUCAGAGUCAGACAGCUGCAAAAGACAUUGCAGAGGGUUCUGCAGAUUCUAGUGUGACAGUGGAGGAUAAGAUUGACAAAGUCAAGGAUAAAGAUGAAAAAGAUAAAGAAAAGACCAAAGAAGGAGACAAAGAUAAAGUGAAAGAAAAGGAAUCAGAAAGAAAAGUAGACAGUGAAAAGGAUAAAGUUAAAGGUCUCGAAGGAACCAAUUUGGAUGGUUUACUGCAGCGGCUCCCGAAUUGCGUUAGCCGUGACUUGAUAGACCAGUUGACUGUGGAAUUUUGCUACUUGAAUUCUAAAUCUAACAGGAAGAAGCUUGUAAGGGCUCUGUUCAAUGUUCCUAGAACUUCUCUGGAAUUGUUGCCAUACUAUUCACGUAUGGUUGCAACACUCUCUACUUGCAUGAAGGAUGUGUCUUCCAUGCUUUUACAGUUGUUAGAGGAAGAGUUCAACAAUUUGAUAAAUAAGAAGGAUCAAAUGAACAUAGAAAGCAAAAUAAGGAAUAUUCGUUUUAUUGGAGAACUCUGCAAGUUUAAAAUUGCACCAGCUGGUCUGGUUUUCAGUUGUCUAAAGGCUUGUUUAGAUGAUUUCACUCAUCACAAUAUUGAUGUUGCUUGCAAUCUUCUUGAAACCUGUGGUCGUUUUCUCUACCGCUCUCCUGAGACCAUGAUUCGCAUGGCUAACAUGUUAGAGAUAUUGAUGCGGUUGAAGAAUGUCAAAAAUUUGGAUCCCCGCCAUAUCACCUUAGUGGAGAAUGCAUAUUACUUGUGCAAGCCACCUGAAAGGUCUGCACGAGUUUCUAAAGUUCGUCCACCUUUGCAUCAGUAUAUAAGAAAACUCCUUUUCUCGGAUCUUGACAAAUCUUCUAUAGAGCAUGUACUAAGACAACUUCGGAAACUUCCUUGGAGUGAAUGUGAGGAAUACGUUUUGAAGUGCUUUAUGAAGGUGCACAAGGGGAAGUACAGUCAGAUUCACUUGAUUGCAUCACUUACCGCUAGUUUGAGCCGGUAUCAUGAAGAAUUUUCUAUUGGUGUUGUUGAUGAGGUUUUAGAGGAGAUAAGGGUGGGAUUAGAGUUGAAUGACUUUGGGAUGCAGCAGAGGCGCAUUGCUCACAUGCGGUUUGUAGGAGAACUGUAUAACUAUGAAAUGGUGGACUCAUCAGUCAUUUUUGAUACACUCUAUCUGAUUCUUGUUUUCGGCCAUGGAACAGCAGAGCAAAACACACUGGAUCCACCAGAGGAUUGUUUCCGUAUCAGGAUGGUCAUUACACUUCUUGAAACUUGUGGACAUUACUUUGAUAGAGGUUCAUCGAAGAGGAAACUUGAUCGGUUCUUAAUUCAUUUCCAGAGAUACAUAUUGGGCAAAGGCGUGUUGCCCCUGGAUAUUGAGUUUGACUUGCAGGACUUGUUUGCUGAAUUACGCCCCAACAUGACUCGAUAUGCCUCAAUUGAAGAAGUCAAUGCAGCACUUCUGGAACUUGAUGAACAUGAGCGGACAGUUUCAACUGAAAGGGCCACUAUUGAGAAGCAUUCAGACAGAGACAGGUAUUCUAGCAGGGUGACCUCUGACAUACCUGUUAACGGGCAAAGCCUUACAAAUGGUACUGAAGAAAAUGGUGAGCUGCACGAAGAAAUGGGUGACAGUGAAAGUGAUUCUGGGAGUCACACUACUGAGCAUCCAGGACGUGAUGAUGAUGAUGAAUUCGAUGAAGAGAAUCGUGAUGAUGGGUCUGAGAGUGAGGAUGAGUAUGAUGAUGGUGAUGGAGCUGCUUCUGAUGAAGAUGAUGAAGUACAUGUCAGGUCAAAAGUUGCUGAAGUUGAUCCUCUGGAGGAGGCUGACUUUGAGCGGGAACUGCGGGCUUUAAUGCAGGAAAGUUUGGAUUCACGAAAAUUGGAGCUGCGGACGAGGCCAACAAUAAACAUGGCGAUACCAAUGAAUGUGUUUGAGGGGCCAGCAAAGGAUCAUCGUGGAGUUGAAGGAGAAAGCGGGGAUGAGACAUUGGAUGAAGAAGCAGGAGGAAGCAAGGAGGUUCGAGUUAAGGUUCUUGUGAAGCGGGGCAACAAGCAACAAACAAAGCAGAUGCUCAUCCCUCGUGAUUGCUCUCUCAUACAGAGCACAAAGCAGAAAGAAGCAGCCGAGCUGGAGGAAAAACAAGAUAUCAAGCGGUUAGUGUUGGAGUAUAACGACAGAGAAGAGGAGGAGCUUAAUGGCCUGGGAAACCAAGCUCAGAGCUGGAUGCAAAGCAGCAGCGGUAGCAGAGCUUCUUCAAAUCGGGGCGGCAACUCCUCGUGGGAUCACAGCCGGAGCGGUGGACGUCACCGCUACCUGCACCAUUCCGGCGGCGGCCUAUAUUAUGGCAGAAGAAGAUGAAAACAUCUACACUCCCAACCACCUCCCUCAUAUUCAUCGGUUUCUAUUACACACUUUUAACACAAGCGGUCUCCAUCACAAUUGGUUUGUGCUUUUUCUUGUACUACUACAAUACCAUUGUCCAGGGUUUUGGCAUACUUUCCCAACUGUUACAAUCAACUGAAACCUAUUUCUACAAUGUCUGCCGUACAAGCGUGGAGGAAAAUGUGAAUUUAGCUGUAAAUAAUAUUCAACCGCUUGCAAACAAGACCAUUUUUAC